CGUAUUUGUAGGAAACCUACAGCAAAGCCUGCAACCAUGGCGAACUCUGAUCAUAUCAAACACGCUAGGGCUAGCUUGCAGAUUGCCCAGAUCAAAUUCCAGCGAGACGUUCAAAUCGCAGAGUCCGGCCUGCCUGCCAUUGAGCGCAGCUCCAUCACACAGUUCUACGACCAUCUUGCAUCUGUCCUGCGCCAGAACACCCCCGCAAACAUCCAGACAUGCAAAGAAUGGAUCAUGAAGCACAUUGCUCCUUCCAAGGCGCGCAUCGACACGCUGGGUGAAUAUCUCGUUUCCCUCUCCAAAUCCAUCGUCGUAGAUGCCUCUGCACAGCCCGUCAAAUCCUCCGAGGCUUCCAGGAACCGUCUCGAUGUACUCUUGAUUGUUAGCGAUGUCCUGCACGCAGCCAAAUUUCAUCGUGCCCAAACUGGUGCCACAGCCCAUGUUGUCUUCGCCUCCGAGUUGAGGCCCCACCUGGAAACUCUCGUCGAGUUGGCAGGUCUGUAUGCAACCACCAAGGGCUCGCGUGUUGAGAAGAAACUCAAGGCCAUCAUCAAUUCACUGGCAGCGAGCCAAUGCAUCAGUGCUGCUGACUUCAAGGCGUAUCGUGACGUUGCUAUUCGCAGCAUAGUAAUUGCCCAAGGAGGUGUCCCUCCCUGGAAACGCAACUACGAACUGCAACCUUGGUUUGGCGAUGCCCGCAAUGUUGCUUGGUAUCAUCUCCCUGCCUCUUCCAUGUUGGAGCCCAUGAUCCAGAAUCCUGGUAGACCCAUCGAGCCAAAUCACAUUCACAUGACCAAUUUCAAGCAAAAGCAUGCGUCAGAUCGCAUUCGCACAUUGCUUGAUAACUAUUUCGACGAUAUUGAUCUCAAGUACCGGCCCACGGGAGAUAAUCCUACUGGCGAAACGGACAAGUACAAGUUGUGGUUGGACCCUAUGGGCCAACUGGUCAAGAAAAACAAGGAAACCAACGAGGUUCGAACUGUCUACAACGGCUACGGUUGGUCCAUCAAGUUUUGCAAGGAUAUGCUCGGCAAGGGUGUUCCAGAAAAGAUCACAGAAGCCAGGGAGGCGCACAGGAACGAGAAACAGGCGAAAUUGAUGGAAGAUCAUCGACGCCAGCAAAACGAGAGCCAGCUCCCAGCUGCUCAAUCGUCUUCAUCCCCGCAGCGCAUGUAUACCUCGAGCCGUGAUCGUAGUCUGUCGAGCUCAUUGGAUAGGAGCAGCGAGCAUUCAGGCUCACGUUCCCGUAGCCGAGAGCGAUAUCACCGAGGGGGACAUGGAGGCUCGCGCGAAGAAGAUAGAGGUGACUCAAUGUUCAAGCCGCGUAGCCGCCGCCAUGACGAUCACGAUCCGGAUCAGAGACGUCCCACGUCGAGCAGCCAUAACCGCCGCGGCAGGUUGAACGACAAUGACGAUCAUGACAAGGACCGUCAAGCUUCAAGCACUCGAAACCGCAAAUCUAGCCAGCAGCGAUGGAGCGAGCCCAAUCCAGAUAAUUCACGCUCAACUAGCCAAGGUUACCCUCCUUUUAACAAUUUCCCUCCACCCCCACCUCCCUCUAUUCCUGGGCAGUAUUCAGGCUAUCAGGUCCCACCACCACCACCGCCCCCGUUCCACAUGGGUCCAGGACAAGUGCCCCCACCGCCGCCUCCGCCAAACUUCAACGGGGCGUAUUCAAGUGGGCAGAACAUGAACGGCUACCAGAACCAGGGUUAUCAGGGGCAUGGCUAUCAAAACGCUGGAUACCAGAAUCAAGGCUACCAGCAGAACCAAGGCUACCAGCAGAACCAAGGCUACCAGCAGAAUCAAGGAUAUAACAACAACCAAAAUAAUUUCGGAAACAGGGAUAUGAAUUACAACAAUCCUAGGACGUAUGGCGGUCCAACGCAGUCUCAAAGUGGUUUCCGGGGCGGCUACCAAGCAAACAAUCGUGGUGGUUCCCAGCGUGGAAGGGGAGGGUACCGCGGACGCGGCGGUAGAUGGAACUGA